CUGGGUAAAAACGGACAACGGAGUGGUGUUACAGGUGUUACUCUGACCGUUUUAAUGUCCCAACUAAAAACCCUGAUGACUGAACGAGUUUCUACCCCCCCUGGUGGGCAGACUGGGGAACCGCACAGAGGGCGGCGCUACAGCAAGUCACUGCGCUUCCGGUGUCAACACGGGACUUUUGUCAGCAGCUGUCUGCAGGGUAGUGGACGUCAGAUAGGAGUACCCGGCGACACAGGAGGUCCAACGUCCCGUGAAACCUCUGAGUUGGAUAACCCAUAGCACGCUGCCGGUUGCGUUCCAGGACGGAUCCAUGUAGACUCUGACUCCGGUCCGACCACCGAGAAGAGGAUCAUGGAGACCCAGGUCCAAAAGGUCCAAAAGGUCCUGGUCCACCUGAGCGGGGGGAACGCAGCUGCGCAGUGCGCCCGGUUCGUCCAGAGACCCGCCUUCUGUCCCUUCAAGCACCUGUCAGUCACUCAGGCCGCUGCUAUCCCAUUGGACGUCCAGGACCGUGGGGUGGAUGUGGGCGUGGCUGUCAUCCUGCAGACAACCAAUCAGAGAGUGCUGCUGACGAGACGAGCAGCCGGACUUCGAAUAUUCCCUGGGCUCUGGGUCCCCCCAGGAGGACAUGUGGAGCUGGAGGAGACGCUGGUGGCGGCGGGACUCCGGGAGCUCCAUGAGGAAACGGGACUGGAGGUGGAGCAGAACGACGUCAGUCCUCAGAUACUGGGGCUGUGGGAGUCUGCGUACCCCGCCCGUCUGGCCAGAGGAUCUCCUUUCAGACAUCACAUCGUUACCUAUAUGCUGCUGCACUGCCCCCACACACACCAGGAGCUGCAGGUGUGUCUGCGUCCGGACCCUGCGGAGGUGAGUGCGUGUCUCUGGGUGGACCGGGACCUCGCCCGCAGCAUCGUGGGGGGGGCCGACGGGGAGGAAGGGGGGCUGCAGCCCCCCCCGCCCCCAGUCGUCAGGGUGACGGAGGUCCUGCCGGACGGGGCCCUGAGGGGCUCCCUGCUGCCCGGGGCCGUGCUGUGUGCCCGGGCCCCUGCUGAGGGCCCCGACGUGGAGCGGGUCAGCACUGGGACCAAGUACGCCCUGGGGCUCUGGCUGGACAGCCUGGCCCCCCGGCAGUCCUCCUCCACCGCUGGGGGGUCCUGCUGACUACGGACCGGUCCAUUGUGGGGGUCGGCUUAGUUCUGGAGGUAGAGAAGGGCCGGCUGGUAACCGGAAGGUUGCUUGCUAGACCGGUCCAGUGGGGACCUGGACCAGCUGAAGAGAACUAAUCAACUAUUCACUUCACCUCUGCAGGGACACGAACAUGAUUGAAGAGCGGCGUUGAAACAGUCUUUCCUUUCUGUGUAAUGUGCCUUCUGGCCACCAGGUGGCAGUGCAGACUGUUCAACUGCAUCAAUAAAGAAAGAUGACACUGUCUGA